AUGGCAGAGGCGUUUGGCAUUGUUGGCAGCUCUAUCGCAGUUCUUCAGCUUACAACAAAGCUUAUCUCCCUGGGUUAUGAAUACAUCUCGGGCUUGAAGGAUGCACCAAGAGAGAUCAGGCAGCUAGUGAACGAGCUUUACUCACUUUCUCAGAUUCUUUUCAGUUUGCGGGACUCCGUUCGAGAUAGGGCGGACAUUCAGCAAGAAAUCCUAAAGAUGCUCGAUGGCCAAAAUGGCCUACUGUCUGAAUGUCUAAUGGAACUCAAGAGAAUUCAGUUAAAAAUUGAGCCGAAGAUUGAUCAAGGUUCUGGAUCACGAAUGGCAGUGAAGACACGCCUGCUGAUGACUGAGAAAGAUAUUAUUAAACAUAUAUCACAGCUAGAAAGAUACAAGAUUUCGUUGGGCCUAGUCCUGGAUAGAGUACAACUAUCUUUAAUAGGGGCGAUUGACCACUCUGUUCGGGAUACAAAUCGUAUUGUUCAUAAUCUUCAGGCGGAAUCUUCAGCACAUAUUGUUCUGUCGGAAUCAAUUCUAGGAUCUAUUCACACUAAGGCUAUAGAAUCCCAGGCGGCUCGAAACCAAGAUGAAGAGAGAGAAAGGGCGAAGCGGCGCAAUGAUAUACUCGAGUGGCUAUCGAAAACACUCGGCGAUUUUGACAAUAAACAUCCUGAGAUUAGUAGGGAAAGGAGAGCCAACACCGGAAAAUGGCUUUUAAGGGAGCCUGCUUUCCAGAGCUUUAUUAAAGGGGAUCCGAAUUUUCUGCUAUUAUGGGGUUACGGAAUUCCUGGCGCCGGAAAAACAUUUUUGAGGUAA